CUCUCUGACUUCUUCUUCUUCUUCUCUCUCUCUCGCAUCAAAGCAAUGGCGGACUGGGGACCUGUAGUGAUCGCAGUGAUACUGUUCGUGCUGUUGACACCAGGACUGCUCUUUCAGAUUCCAGCGAGAGGUCGAAUCGUAGAAUUCGGGAAUAUGCAAACUAGCGGAGCCUCAAUUCUCGUUCACUCCAUCAUUUUCUUCGGUCUCAUCACCAUCUUCACCAUCGCCAUUCGUCUCCACAUCUACACCGGUUAAUUUAUGAUAUAUUUCGGUUAUCUGGUUUGUCGUUGUCUUCUUCUUACCGGUUUGUUUAAAAUUUACAAUUGGCCUUU